CACAUCAAGCACCACCCCCGGGCGUCCAUCAAUCCAGCACACACACACACACACACACACACACACACACACACACAUAUAUAUACACACCCACACGCAGCAUGCAACUAACGGCACUAACGCUGGCGCUCAGCGCGCUGGCCAGCGCGGCCAACCUCACGCUCACGGUCCCCGCAACGCCACAGCUGCCGCACCCACACCUGCUACCGCCCUCGACGCACGCGACGCUGCACAGCAGCGGGCAAGCACUGCACGCGCCGCUGACGCGCGCCAACACGUUCGCGUUCCGCGACGUGCCCGCGGGCAGCUACCUGCUCUCGGUGCACAGCCGGGACGCGGUGUUCGAGAACCUGCGCGUCGACGUCGGCGCCGAGCAGGACGACGUCGUGGCCGUGUGGCAGACGUUCCGCGGCAACGAGUGGGACAACCGCGGCGAGAAGCGCGGUGAGGGCCGCGGGAGAUGCGAGGCUGAGGUGCGCGCGCUUCUGCCUAAGGAGUAUUACCAGGUUCGCCAGGGCUUCUCGCCCCUCUCCUUCCUCAAGAACCCCAUGAUCCUCAUGGGCCUCUUCUCCAUGGCCCUCAUCUUCGGAAUGCCGUACCUCAUGGACAACAUGGACGAAGAGACGCGCGCCGAGUUCGAAGAAAUGCAAAAGAGCAGUCCCCUCGCCUCGCGCGCCAACCCGGCGGCCCAGCUGCAGAACUUCGACCUCGCGUCCUGGAUGGCCGGGAAGACGGAUGCCGCGCAAGGGGGUGGCAGCGGUGGCGGAAGUGCGCGCAAGCGCGGCUAGAGAGCUGGGUUUGGGGGAAGUGGCGAUAGGGGCGAUAGAAGAGGACGUUGGCGUCGGGUUAUGGCUGCCGUGGUGGUGG